AUGAUCAACGAAGAGUACAAAGUAUGGAAAAAGAACUCUCCGUUUUUAUACGAUCUUGUCAUUACAAAGGCGCUUGAUUGGCCAAGCUUAACAUGUCAGUGGUUUCCUGACGUGGAAGACCGGCCGGGAAAAAACUAUAAAACCCAACGUCUAUUACUGGGAACAAACACCAAUGAUGAAGAACCAAACUAUUUAAUGAUUGCUAAUAUCCAGUUGCCUAAAAAUCAAGAGAAAGAUAUCGACCUAAGAAAAUACGAAGAAACGACAAAUGAAAUUGGUGGCUAUGGUGGAUUUAAUGAUGCCCAUAUUCAUAUCACGCAAAAGAUUGUUCACGACGGCGAAGUCAACCGGGCUCGCUAUCAAUACGACAACCCUAAUGUCAUUGCUACUAAAUCCAGGUCAGGCGAUGUUUACGUGUUUGACAGAACGAUGCAUGAAUCGUUCCCUAAAGAAAAUGAGCGUUUUAAUCCAGCACUUCGAUUGAAAGGACAUACAAAGGAAGGAUUUGGAUUAGAAUGGAAUCCUCACACAACGAAAUCAAAUCAUUUGUUAAGUGCAGGUUAUGAUGGUAAGGUCAUUCAAUGGGAUAUAGCGGAUGCGACAAAAGAAAACCGCACCUUGCAACCCCUACAAGUGUAUACUGGACAUACAGCAGCGGUGAAUGAUAUUAGCUGGCACAUGAAACAUGAUUCCAUCUUUGCUUCCGUAGGCGAUGAUAAGAAAAUGAAAGUUUGGGAUACUCGAGAUGAUCCCAGUCGAUCGUUUAGUACCGUCGAGCCACAUCAUGGUCAAGUCAGUUGUGUAGGGUUUUGUCCAUCGAAUGAAUGGAUUGUCGCUACUGGUUCGUCAGAUAAGACCGCCAAAUUAUGGGAUUUACGAAACUUGAAUCAAUCACUACAUACACUUCACGGACACACAGGAGAAAUCAUUCAACUGGCCUGGUCGCCUCAUCACGAGGCCAUUUUGGCUACAGCCAGCAAUGAGGAUAGGAGAAUUUACGUUUGGGAUUUAGCGCAAAUACCAACAGCACCCGAUCAAUCGGAGGAAGAUGCAAAAGAAGGUCCACCAGAACUAUUGUUUAUUCAUGGUGGCCAUACGGCCGGUAUUUCUGAUUUUGGCUGGAAUCCUGCAGACCCGUGGAUGUUGGCAAGCACAUCAGACGAUAAUAUCAUUCAAUUUUGGCAGAUUGUAAGUGGCAAUGAAGGCUUCUGGACUCGAACAAACAUAAUAAUUUUAUAUUCAUUCUAUUUUCUCUUCAUAUUAGGCAAGUACUAUUUAUGGUCAAGAACAGUUAGAUGA